UCAAGGCCCAUUGUGAUCUUGAAAAUCAUAAAAAUCAUCAAGAAAAAUGCUGAGUAGAACCACCAUGGAAUACAGGAUGAAGGCACUUGCACUUGUACUCUUCAUUCUCUUCCUGUUCUUCAUAUCUCCAGCAAGUGUUGAAAGCUUCAAUGGCGUCAACUCUAUCAACUUCCUUCGCAAGAAUGUGAAGUAUGGAGUUGAAGAAAGUAGGGGAAGAAGAAAGAUGGUGGUGGAGAUUGAAGCUAUCUUAGACUACGAUAAUGCAGGGCCUAACACUAAGCAUGAUCCUAAAGGGAAGAAAACUGGCGGCGGCGGCGGCAGCGGCGGCGGCAAGAACCCCUGAUUCUACGCCUCUAACCACCGCCCGGCGACCUGGCCUGCCUAGCUUUAUUAAUUACUACGUAUGUAUGAAUCUGAGUUUCUCUGCAAUUAGCUACAAAUUAAACUAUAUUAUUUUUUAAUAAUAAAAAACUUAUAGUUAUUAUCUGAAAGUAAUAGUAGAAUAAUCUCAACCCGACUCUUGUGAUGCAUGGCCAAGAUGUCUUUUAGUGGCUUAAAUCACUUAGAUUGGAGUAAGUGUUUAUCUUUUUGUGAUAAAAAUAAUACUCCGUAAUAGUUUAUAA